AUGAGUUCUUCGCGAUUUUCAGCAAAACGAUUAAAAUGUUUUGUUUCAUGUGCGGUCGCUGUUGGGGAACACAGAGCUCAGCUUGAAACUACAUCUACCAGCUCGCCUCAAGCAAAGUCACCGGCAGGAAGCAGCGCUGGCGCUGUCGCCAGUGCCUCCACCGCACCUGGAGAGCGUACGCCGACCGCACACAACAAACAGCUGCAAAAUGUUAAGGGACAAGAACACCCUCCGCAUCCUUCCAUGGCGUUCCUGCAGAACCGCUCCAUUUCUCUGGUGGACAUGUACAUCGACAACUCGGAGCCAUCGGAGAACGUCGGGCAAAUACAUUUCUCGCUGGAGUACGACUUCCAGAAUACAACCCUGAUAUUAAAAAUUAUACAGGGCAAGGAUCUACCAGCAAAGGAUUUAAGCGGAACCUCCGACCCUUACGUGCGUGUCACCCUUCUGCCGGACAAGAAGCAUCGUUUGGAAACGAAGAUCAAGCGUCGCACACUAAACCCACGCUGGAACGAGACCUUCUACUUUGAAGGGUUUCCAAUACAGAAGCUGCAGAGUCGGGUCUUACAUCUGCACGUAUUUGACUACGAUCGAUUCUCCAGGGAUGACUCGAUUGGAGAAGUAUUUUUGCCACUUUGCCAGGUGGAUCUCAGUGAGAAGCCAUCCUUCUGGAAAGCUCUAAAACCACCAGCUAAAGACAAAUGUGGCGAACUGCUGACAUCCCUCUGCUAUCAUCCAAGUAACAGUGUGCUCACAUUGACGCUUUUGAAAGCUCGAAACCUAAAAGCCAAAGACAUUAAUGGAAAGUCAGAUCCGUACGUUAAGGUUUGGCUUCAGUUUGGUGACAAACGUAUCGAGAAGCGCAAGACAGCUAUCUUCAAGUGCACAUUAAAUCCCGUUUUCAACGAUUCAUUCUCAUUUAAUGUGCCAUGGGAGAAGAUCAGGGAAUGUUCCCUUGAUGUCCAAGUUAUGGAUUUUGACAAUAUUGGUCGUAAUGAAUUGAUCGGGAGAAUACUUUUGGCCGGUAAGAAUGGCUCCGGAGCUACUGAAACUAAACACUGGCAAGAUAUGAUUACAAAACCUCGACAAACCAUCGUGCAGUGGCACCGUCUCAAACCAGAAUAA